AUGGGCGGCGGAGGAAAGAUUCCAUACCCCAAGCACGUCUGGUCGCCGGCCGGUGGCUGGUACGCCCAACCCGCAAACUGGAAAGCCAACACGGCUGUCGUAGGCCUCGCUCUCGGCAGCAUCGUCGGCAUGGCCUGGAUGCUCAGCGCGAACCGUGAAUACCGCGACAAGAUGCCCGAACGCCACAGGUUCUUCCCCAGCCGAUACUGGAGCAAGCAGAUCAGGGAGCACGAGCGGAAACAAGACCAGAGCUUGAUUGAGAAGACGUUUGGAAAUUAG